AUGGACGCUGAAGAUAACAUUAAUCUUCGUGUUGCCUCGUUUUCUUAUUACCUGGACACUGCUAAAGACAGCUUGGUACAAAGAAUUUCAGCUCAAGAGAAUCCGAUUUCCAUAAGCUCAGGAAGAUCUGCUACAGCCACUGCAAAGCCACGGUUUAAUACAAGAGAAAACUUUGUGUUUAAGAUGCCAGGGCCUGUUCAGGAUCCUACAACUGCAUUUAGUUUCCCUCAGGAGCCUCCAUAUCCAAUGAAUUUUGAAAGAACCAAGUCUACAGAUGGUGAAAUCACAGUCUUUGGUGCAGACAAGUAUUUCAACAUCAAAUCUGAUUACGAAACUGAGGUGAAAAUCAAUAGUGAGAGUAAGAAUGAAAGGCCAGUGAAUUUGCCCCGAGUACGAUCAGAUUCCAGGUCAGAAACUCAGAGUCUUUACUCUGAAACAAGCAGUUGGAACAGCCAAACUGCGCUGUUGCAGAAUGUGACAAGGAGACUUGAAUCUAAAACGAAGCGAAAAAAGGCAAUUGGAAGAAGAUUUUUUCCAGUUUUCGGUUGCCAGGGACCUUGUAUUGACAAGAAAGCUGUUCCUAUCACUGAAAAUUUGACAGGAUCAAAAAGAGUUGAUCAUUUUCCAGUCCCAAUUCCCAAUCUAGAGGUACAAAAAUUGUCUCUCAAGAAUCAGAUCGAGGAACAAAUAAAAGUGGAUGCACCCCGAGAAUCUCUGGAAGUUUUCGGUUCAGGAACUGGCACAAAGGGAGACAUAGCAAAAAACCUGGAGAGAAAACUGUUUAUGUUAACCUGGGAUGCAAUCCCAAAAGGCCAAAACCUUCCAACUUCUACACUUGGAAGCAGCACAAUUUGUGAUGAUUUGGCCAGUGAUGCCAGUUCUGAUCUCUUCGAAAUCGAGAACAUUUCUGGCACUGUGUAUCCGUUGUUAACAGCGGCUCAAGGAACUGAUGAUAUGUCGAUCUGCAUGAGUCCCCCUAUGCAGUAUGCCCCGAGUGAGGCCAGUAUCGAGUGGAGUGUUGUCACUGCCAGUGCUGCAGAUUACUCUUCAGUUAUUUCAGAUUAUGAUGAAAAGAGUGUUAGUGUAGCAGGUGAUAUUAUCUCAAGAAAUGCAACGAAAAGAACAUCCAUAACCAAGAAUAUAGGGGGCAAAGAGACACGAAAAAGCAAACCUGGGGGACUUUUAGGAUGCAAGCAUCAUAAAGCAGUGGAUGUUGCUGAAACUACGUACAAGACUAAUGAAAAAGCAAAGCAUCUAGGGUUGGAUUUGUCUCCAGCUACAGGGAAAUCACAAGCCAAGAAUAGGGAGAAAGAUUUUUGA